GAGAGAGAGAGAGAGAGAGAGAGAGAGAGACGAAUCCAUUGUUGUUCCCCGUCGGACAUUCCGAGUCAUGACGUCGUCUCCUCAGUCGCCGGCGAGCAAGAUCGAGGCGGCGCACCAGCUCUACAGAGAGGGGAAGCACGCCGCCGCGCUGGGAUUCUACACGGAAGCGCUCGCCGCCGCCAAGACUAAGCCGCAGAGGAUUGCCCUCCAUAGCAACCGAGCUGCUUGCUACCUCAAGUUGCACGAUUUCAAGAAGGCAGCUGAAGAGUGUACUUCCGUGCUGGAGCUGGAUUACGACCACACCGGAGCUUUGAUGCUGCGGGCGCAGACGUUGGUGACGCUGAAAGACUAUCACUCGGCCUUGUUCGAUGUCAAUCGGCUGAUGGAGUUGAAUCCAUCUUCGGAAGUUUACCAGAACCUGGAAACUCGAUUGACGACUCAAUUGUCCUUAGCUCCAAUACCAGAGUCCGAAGCUGAGUUAGAGGAAGAAGAAGAGGAUGAGAAAUAUGAUGACUCAGAAGAGGGAGAAGAAGAUGAAGAAGUUGAAGACCAAGAUGUUGGCAUAGUGCAAAACAGUAUGCUUGAACAAGAUCGGACAACUGUAUAUAUGGAAGAAGGCAUGCAGAAGUCUUCCGAUGGAGGCAGAGAUGAUCAGAAAUCCGAGCCAAGGAAAAGCAUCACGGCUGAAGUUGUGGCACAAGCACAGAAGAAGACUGAGCCGAGGAGAAACAUUGCAGCUGAAGUUAUUGCACAGGCACGGAGGACUGGUAAAGCAUCACCCGAGCAACAGUCCAAUGGUUGGCAGGCGAUUCCGAAACCAAAGGGACACUCGGCGUUGGAUUAUGCACGUUGGGAUAGAGUCGUCGAAGACGACUCAAGCGAUGAAGAUGAUGAUGACGAAGAUAAUGAUGAAGAGGAGCCUCGGCCACAGUACAGAUUCCGUGUCAGAACCGUUGGCGUACAACCUGUAAAGUGA